CCUCGCUCGCCUGCGCCGCCGCCGCCCCCGACUCCUCCUCCUCCUCCUCCAAUUACCGUCAUGCAUCACUGAUGCCACCGUUCAGCGGCCUUAUGCUCGACGAUGGUUCAAGGUCUAAAAAGCCGUAUAAGUGGCAGAGGGUUUUGCUCAAAGUAAGCGGGGAGGCUCUUGCUGGAGAUCACACGGAAAACAUUGACCCAAAGAUUACAAUGGCUAUUGCGAGAGAGGUUGCUUCUGUCACCAAACUAGGUGUAGAGGUUGCUAUUGUUGUUGGUGGCGGCAAUAUCUUCCGUGGGGCCUCUUGGGCUGGAUGUAGUGGGCUUGACCGGUCAUCUGCGGAUUACAUUGGUAUGAUGGCGACUGUCAUGAAUGCUAUAUUUCUCCAAGCAACAAUGGAGAGCAUUGGAAUACCGACCCGUGUCCAAACUGCAUUCCGUAUUUCAGAAGUGGCAGAACCAUACAUACGCCGAAGAGCAAUCAGGCAUUUAGAGAAAGGAAGAGUCGUCAUAUUUGCUGCUGGGACAGGGAACCCAUUCUUUACAACUGAUACAGCUGCUGCUCUUCGUUGCGCAGAAAUCAAUGCAGAGGUAGUGCUUAAGGCAACAAAUGUUGAUGGUGUGUAUGAUGCGGACCCCAAACAUAACCCAGAUGCCCGCAUUCUUGAGACAGUGAGCUAUAAUGAGGUGAUUUCAAGAGACCUAUCAGUUAUGGACAUGACUGCCGUUACACUAUGUCAAGAGAAUAACAUUCCUGUUGUCGUGUUUAACUUGCAAAACCCUGGAAAUAUUGCGAAAGCUAUCGUCGGUGAGAAGGUUGGUACCUUCAUAGGCUGCACAAGGAAUCAGGGCCGGAAUGUGGAGAGUGCACUGGAUCAAGAAAGAAGCUUAGUUAAUGAGUGGUGAAUCAAAGAGCUCUUUGUCUCUCUAGUUGGAUUUAGGCUAGAUUAGCUAUCCAGGUACCCGUUUAAUUGUAACAUUUGAAGAAGGGAAAACACUCGGGGCAAAUUAUUUUGCAGAAAACUGCCGUUAUGCUGUGUGUAUGAUAGAAGCUAGGAGUAUGUAAUAAAAUUAUUUCGUUAUCUAAGGGUCUCCUGUGGCAUGUAUGAUGGCUGUAUACAUAAAGAAAUUUCCGGGCUCCAGGUAUUGGUCAGCAAUAGAAGAUGAGGGUUUCUAGUCUGUUCA